AUGAUUUCAAGCCGCAGUACCAACAACGACAAACUCCGAAAGGAUAGUUACAGCUGCUCCAAAAUCGCCAAUGGCAAUCUAAUGUCCCUUUUGGCACAUCCUCUCAUGUCAUCAUCCUUGGAUCACUUUCAAAGCUUUUCUUUUGAGAAUCCCUUUGACGACCCAAGCAUGGAGCCUUUGCCUCUGAGAUCGCAAAGCCAACUGCCACAAGUCGUUCAUUCGAGUUCUGGUUCCAACCAUCUACGAGACCUGAUGGGCAGUCUGGAUUCCAUCGCCACCAAUGUUGGAUCCAAAAGAGGCUCCGAAGAGGCCUUCUUCACCGAUGACCAAAUAUGUCUCAGCAAGAAGCGACAACGUACGAGCCCUGUGCAAGCUACUUCUGCUAAUGAAGAAGAAGUCAUGGCCCGAUUCAGACCUUACCAAGAGACGCAAUGGCGAUCCCAGUUCAAAAAGCUCGUUGAAUACAAGUUUGAACAUGGCCAUUGCUGUGUUCCUCAUUCGUAUCCAGAAGACCCCAUCCUAGCACGAUGGGUCAAGCGACAAAGGUACCAAUUCAAAAAGCUCAACGACAACGACCCAACAUCCACCAUGACAAGCCGUCGCAUCCAAGACCUCGAUUCCAUAGGCUUUGUGUGGCAUUCUCAUGCCUCAGCAUGGCAGGAAAAGGUUAACGAGCUAAUGGCCUUCAAACAAGCCAACGGUCAUUGCAACGUCCCGUCGCACUAUCCAAAGAAUGCAGCCUUGUCCACUUGGGUGAAGUGUCAACGUCGGCAAUGGAAGCGCUUCAUCAGAGGAAUCUCUCCUUCACCCAUGACGAUGGAUCGAAUCCAACUGUUGGAAUCCUUGGGUUUUGUGUUCGACAUCCUAAAAUCAAAACAGUCGAGCUAA